AUGUUGACAUCAUCUUCCGCCACGAACAGCUCCUACUCCUCCUCUGCCUCCUCCUCGGAGCGUCACCUCCCCUACCAGCACCCGCAGCCACUGUCCACUCUGUCGCUGGGCUCCCAGCAUCCACGCGGCAUCCCAAUGCCCAUCAAAUACCGCCGCUUCUACUCAUCGCCGCUGGAUGACAGUGCGGAGACCCCGCUACAGCUCUACGGCAUUGAGCAGCGCGAGCCGUCGAUCAUCGAGAAGCCCAAGUUGCUGCGCCGCGUCUCCCACGCGCUCGACGAUAUCAAGGAGGACUUCUCCCUGCAGCUGGAUCCCACCCGCUCCGCCGCCAGCAAGAUCAAGCGCCGCUCGACUUUCCUAGGGGACGCCAACAUUGGUGCUCCGCGCCCGGAGACUGCUGGGGGGCCCCUGCCCCCGCGCUCCCGCCCCAUGUCCGCCAUAUCCGUGUCCAGCCCGCACCGAGGUCUGAGCCGGAGACUCGGCCGGCGACUGUCGAUUUUCUCCGCGCGCAGCAAGACUGCGGGCGGAUCGAAGGGGGCGAGCAUCUCUUCGCCGAAUCUGAUCGGGUCGUCGAUGCAGUGUGGCCACAGCCAGACGACCUUCAUCUAA